AUGUCGCUUAAGAGCCUGACAGACGCUCUGAACAAACUACGCGGAGAUCUCAUCGGGCAAGCUGAGCAGGUGAUUCCCGUUGCGAUGGCUGCACCAUUGCUUUCGGCUGUGCCUGAUCCACGCCCUAGAAGCGAUGGUCCCGAAGGCAACGAGGCUUUAGGAAAGCCCUUUGGACCGCCGAGAGGCAGUCUGAAGCAGGAAUUGCAGCGUGUCACGCAAGAACGAGAUGAGGCCAAAUUGGAAUCAGAUAAAAAAGAAAAUCGCUUGAAGAAGCUAAAAGCAGACCUUGAGGCACUCGAGAACGAAAACAAACUUAUGAAAGGUCAGCUGGAACGGCUUAAACGUCUGAGGGGUAUUUCUCAGGAUGACCCUCUCAGGCAACAGAGCGAGCAGCUCCGUCGACAGGUCAAAACUCUGGAAGAGGAACUCCAACGUGCCAAGUCUCAACCUGAAAAACCGUAUAUAGAAGGAAAGAGUGAGCAGGAUAACAACUUCAAUCAAUGGUCAGCCACAAAACGACAGGAAGCCGAGCUCAAAAAGUUGCGUCAACAGAUGAAUUCUAAAGUUGAAGAAUUGGCUAAAUUGCGUGAGCGACUCAAUUUGACGCAAAAUGCUCUUGAAAGGGCCAAUAGGUAA